AUGUCUGGUGUCAAUGACUACAGUACCACCCAGGCCGGCGGCGGCGUCAGCAAUGAUCCCAAUUCCGAUAUAACCACCUCCGCUCGCGAUGACCGCGCUGAUGAACACGGCUCGACCUCCGCUGCUGGCCCCUCUCCUGCCCAUGGACGCUCGGGUUAUGGGCAAGGUUCGACCGGCGGUGGUGAUUUUCUCGACGAUCCAGCGUUAGCACAAUCGUAUGACGACGAUUACUAUGGCGAGCCUGGCUACGGUACAGGUCGUCCCGAUACUGGUGGCCCGAUGGGAGGGAUGGACACUACCAGCGGGCUCGAUCGUCGCGGUCUGUUAAAGAUGGGUCUUGCUGCAGGUGUGGGUGGACGCAGUUCUGACGGGACCGAUCCUCCCGCGAAACAUGAAUCGGGAUACGGGACGGGAACACCUGACGAGGGCGGCCCCCCUGGCGGCCUGGAUACCGUGAGCGGAGUGAAUCGUCGGGGCGAGAUCAUAACGGGUCUUGGCCCUGGUCCUGGUGGGCGAAUCAGUCGGCCUCACAAGGCGACCAUGAUGGAGAAGCUGCGCGGCACGACUGAGCAGGUGGCCGGUAAAAUGACGGGGAAUACUGAGUUGACCAAUCGCGGUGGCGAACGCAAGCGCGGCGAAUUGUGA